AGGGCUUGGACAUGGGAGGGGAGUGGUGUCCUCUUGUUCUGUUGGUUAUAGAUGACUUAUUUACAGGGUAGGAAACGAGGGGGUACACUCAAUGUCUUCUGAUCGACUGUGGGAGUCAAACCUGGCCAGGCAUUUGUUCCUGGAUCAAUACCUUCCACUCAUCUAUCACCUUCUUGUGCGGAAGUAUUGAGGUACAAAUGUCCUUUAAGAGAUGGCUAGCCCAAACUCUUGCAGAGCCUAGAACUACCUACCUGCUCAAGAAAAAAGAAAUAUUUUAACUGGUGGAGGCUCUGUUUUAUAGAGUUGAUUGAUUGCUAAGGGACCAGCUCUGAGGAGGGAAAUCUGCUGCUUCUCCGCGGCUCCGCCCUCCAUAGACUCCCAUUUGGCGCCUUUAGACUCUGAUUUGUUCUGAACAGGCAUGCGCCUGCUCGUUGGUACCUGUGUGGGCGGGGCUUCUCAAGAAGUGAGUGUGUCUGAGCUGGUCAGUUAAGGUUCCUCAACCUUAGUCCCUCCCAGUCUACGCAACGUCAUUCCUCCCGUGGGUUCAUCGGGUGGGCAUUGUGUCCUUGAAUCAGCCCAGUUUGCCCCCUAGAACCUAACUUCCCCAGGCAGUGUCUAUAAUUGUAAGUCAGCCCCUCACCGGAUGCUUUCUGCUAAGCUUCUCUGACCCAAGGGAAAGAAUGCCCAGGAGCCCGGAGCCCUAGGAAACCAAGACCAAGAGCUCCAGAGGAUCCAGUGGUUUUUUCUGGUCUCCACUGGCGUCUAAAGAAGAACAGGAGUAUCAGGAGGUCAAAGCCAGAUAGGACUACAGAGGGGAUUGUAGGUCAGCCUCGGCCACAGAUUGAGACUGGACAAACAAAAGAGAACCAGGACAGUUCCGAGUUUACAGGGCAUUCUGUCUGUGGUCAGAGUCAGCAGCAGGAACCAUCCUUGUUUUCUCUUGUCUCUGAGAUGCUGUGGGGGCUCAGAUCCCUACUUCUGCUGCAUUUGGGGUUCCUUUCUCCAGUUUUGGUUGAUACCAAGAAGACAGCAGUGGAAGAUGGUCUAUGCAGUACAGUCCCUUGUGUGAUUGAAUUUUCCAAGGCGCCUCUCAGAAAACCCAUGAUUGUGAGCUAUAGGCUUAAUGAAAAUAUCAGCUUCCAUGCUGGCACCAGCCAGCCCAGGGGCCCCGUGGCUGAUCUCUCCACAGAGGAGGUGGAAUACUGCAUCCUGCUGACCCACAACAUGCUCGGAAGGAAAAACAUGACCUACUCGCUCUAUGUAGGUCUAGGAGCUCAGAAAGACCUGACCCAAAAGCAAGAGCUUCACAUCCCAGGAAGUAGUAUGGCUGGAGAGCCUGUGUCUUUGACCUGUACCAUCCACAGCACCUGCCAAGAGUCCAAAGCUCUUUUUCUCUCCUGGAAAGGACCCAUUAUGUCUUCUAGCACAACUGUCCCCAUCAACCCCUCUUCAGCACUGGCCAUUGACCCCAAACCUGAGGACCAGGACACCACUCUCAGAUGCCACUUAAAGCUAUCCCUAGAUAACCUGUCCAGCAGUAAAGUAGUCAAGCUACAACUGGUCUCACCUGCCAGGCUGCUGAACUACUCCUGUCUGCUGAAGAGAACACUCACCUGUAGCUGUUCCUUCCAUGGGAUCCCCACACCUUCAGUGCAGUGGUGGGUGGGAAGGACCCCUGUGAGUGUGAAUAGCAUAGAUGCCAUCCUGCACAUGACCUCCACCACGCUAGAAUCCUGGACCAACAGCACCAUUCACCUCAUGUGGGAGCCAGAAAUCAUUAAGAGUCUUCGCUGUGAGGGGAAGAACCAAUAUGGAGUCCAUGCCUCUGGAAUCUUCUUGAUACCAGAUAAGAGCUCCGUUUCCAGCGUGUUCCUGAGAGGACUCAUCCAGGGGAUUGUGUAUGGGGCCAUCGCAUCUGCUUUGUUCUUCUUCUUCCUCGUUGUGCUGGGAAUGAAGAUACUUAAUUGGUGGGAGGAAAAUCAAACUUGCAAGAACGAAGAAGCCCCAACUCUCAAGAAACCAGUUUGGGGAGGAGCCAAACCGGCUGAAGUCGGAAGCUGAAGGUGCACUAGCCUUGGCUCUGCAGGGCUCUGGAGAGAGAAAGAAGAGUCCACAUGGGAACUGCAGAUGGAUUGUGGUGCAUGGCAGACUCCUCUAACUUGACAGACCUGCAGAAGAACAAGCCAUCACCUCUACCUCAGACUCCAGAGCCAGAGACCUACGGACCAGCUCUCUCUGUGGCUGGACAAACCCACCCCUCUCCAGGCUUUCCCCUUCUCCCCUACCCCUUCCUCCUUUUCCUCUCCCUCUCCUUUCCAUUUCUCUCCUCUCCUCUUCUCCUCCUUUUCUUUCCCUCUUCUUCUCUCCCCCUCUUCUUCCUCUCCCCACCCUCCCAUCUUUCUCUCCCCCUCCCACACUCCUCUCUUCUUCCCACAUUUAUACCCCCAACUUCUGCUCUUUUUCUCUCCAUCUUUUUCUUUCUCUUCCCUCUCCUCUUUCUCCUCUUCCUCUUCCCCUUCCCCUCUUUAUUUCUUCCUCUUCCUCUUUUCUCCUCUUGUCCUAACCUCCAUGUAGUCUCUUCCAGAGUGAGUGGCUUGGUCCUUGCCUAUGGCUCAAGGGCAGGUAUCAGUGGGCCCUUGGCUUCACCCAAAAGUCAUGCAGGAAAGGGUUGGCUAGAAGUUCAAGUAUGGGAACUGGGCAUUCAGGGAGAGACUAAUUGUAGGACAGGCAGAGACAACAAGAAUGAAUCAACCAGCUACCUUCUCUGUAUGCAGUGAGACUUCCUACAAAAGAGAAGAGUCCUGAAUACAAUGUCACAUUGCUGGCCACAGUUAUUCUGCUGUGGCUGGGCUCUCUUAGCUUUACUCACUCUUUGUAUCUAUCUCAUGUUCUUGGCUCACACAUCCCAUCCCACCUCAUCACGACCAUGCUUUAUUCUGUCUCUGAUACUUCACAUUACUUUGGUUGCUUUGUAGGUUCCAUGCAUUUUGGGGUGGAUGUGGACCUCUUUUCAGCUGCCCCUUCUCUCUUUGAGUCAGGGUUUCACAUAGCCCAGGCUGUCCCCCAAAUUGAUAUGUAGCCAAGGAUGACCUUGAGCUCUUGAUUUUCCUGCUUUCACCUGCCUUGCGCAGGGGUGACAAGCAUGCAUCUCUAGGUCUGGUUUAUGUGGUGCUGGGAUGGGUGCAAGCACUCCGCUGACUGAGUCAUAUGCCUGGCCUUCUUUUGUCAUUUCUCACUCUUAUCUCCCUUCCUUAUCUUUCUCAUUUAACAACCGUUUCCCCGUGUACCCAGAACGUCACUCUGCACUGAGUACUAUGGGAACACAUGGUCAAAAUGACUGGUGACAAUCCAGACCAAGACAUAGAUUUAUUUAGUAGGAGUAAAGCAGAAGAUGCUUCUGUUCCCAUCUAGGCUAGGUUACCUUUAGGAUCUUCUGGACUGCUUUUUUUUUUAUAUCAAAUGAUGACUAAGCCCCCCACUGGAAUGGUUAUAAUUUAGUCAGCAGCAGGUGGUUGGCUCUGGAGAGGAAAUGACAGAAUGUCAGGCAGACAGCUGUGUGAUAUCUCCUAUUCCCACAGAUAAAGGGAGCAACUGAGACUUCAUUCUGAGACCUAAGUCAAUACAGCAACCCCUGGGACUUGGUAGGGUCAACAUAUCCACCUUAUAGAGCAGGAUAAGGAGACAUGCAUGGUUCAGAAGUCUCUAGGAAGAGGGGCAUUUCUCCUUGUAAUGUCUCUCCAGGGUCCUUCUGCUACCCAUAGCAAGUCAGAACUAUGUAAAGACUGUGGCUCUGUUAGUGCAAAUCAGUCAAUAAAGGGUGAUAUCUUAGUUGCUUUUCAAUUGCUAUUACAAAACACCAUGACCAAGGCAACUCACAGAAGGACAAGUUUAUUGGGGGCUUAUAGUUCCAGAGUCUUGGAGUCUAUAACCAUCAUGGUGGGGAGCAUGGCAGUGAGUAGGCAGGCAGGCAUGGCAUUGGAGCAGUAGAGGGCUCACAUCUCAUUCACAAGCACAGGGUAAAGGAAGAGAGCAUAUACAUGCUAAGUGGGAAUGUGGUAGGCUUUGGAAAUCUCAAACUCCACUUCCGGUGACACACCGCCUCCUACAUGGCCACACCUACUAAUCCUUCCCAAAUAGGUUCCCAAAUCAACUGGGGGCCAAGCAUUCAAAUAUGUGACAAGUAGAAGCCAUUGUUAUUCAAACACCCAUAGGGGACUUCACAGAGUUAAGAGACAAAUUCCAAACACUAUGACAGUGUAAGCUUUUCUAAAUCCAAAAAUAUGAAAUCCAAAAUACAUCAGAACCUGAAACAUUGUUAGAAAGGAUCUGAUGUAGUCCAGACUAGACUUGAACUUGAUAUGUAGCCCAGAAUGACCUUGAACUCCUGAUCCCCCUACCUCUAUCUACCUCUCCAGUGCUGGGAUUACAGGUGGGCAACACCAUGCCGAAAUAAAUAAAAUGUUACUAAACAUGAAAA